AUUCCUCGUACCAUACGCCUAAACGAAGUCUUAAUCCUUUUGAUUUGGUCAUUACAAUGCCAAAUUAAGAAACUCUCAAUAAUGUUAAAUAAAUAAUUACUGAAAAGUAGACGCCGCGUAAAUUUCCAUCUUCCUCGACCGGCGAAAGUACAUUCUCUUUUCUCCAUCCCAGAAACGUAUCGAUUAAGAAAAGCUGAAAUCUUUCCGUAUAAAAUUCAUAAUUUCUUCUCGAUUCUCUGUGUAUUCACGCAGUAUAUUUUGAUUUAUUUCUCUGGAACCAGAUCCCGUCGGUUUUUUUUUCUGAAUCAACCGGAAACAAUGGCCAAUUCGUCGCCGGCGGUUCUUCCGAUUUCUAGCUCGCAACCCGCCGUAGUUUCUGACAGCGCCGUCGGACCCACCCCUGCUUUUCGUGCUUUCAUCAAUAACAUAUCUGAUACCGUUCGUUACGGGCUUUCCAACCGCCGUCCCUGGGCGGAGCUCGUUGAUCGCUCCGCCAUCUCGAAGCCGGAAUCUUUCGCCGAUGCCACUCUCCGAAUCCGGAAGAACUACGCGUAUUUCCGGAUCAAUUACCUUGCUCUGAUCGCCGUCGUGCUCGGGGUGUCCCUCAUCACCAACCCCUUCUCGCUCAUUUUCCUCGCCGGCCUCCUGGCGGCGUGGUUCUUCCUCUACCUCUUCCGCCCCUCCGACCAGCCCCUCAUCCUCUGCGGCCGCCAGUUCUCCGACAGGGAAACCCUCGGCUGCCUCGUCGUCACCACCAUCAUCGUGAUCUUCCUCACCAACGUCGGCUCCGUCCUCGUCUCCGCCCUGAUGGUCGGCGUCGCCGCCGUCUGCGCCCACGCCGCUUUCCGGGACCCAGAAGAUCUCUUCCUCGACGAACAAGAGCCUCCCACCAUGGGCUUCCUCUCUUUCUUGACCGGCGCCACCACAACCGCCUCAGCUACCGGCGUUGCCCCUCGGAUUUGAUGAACGCCCGGUCCACAAUCUGAAAAAUGCAUCGGUGCCGGUCAUUCUUUUCCGAUAAAUUCAUGAAUUUUUUUAGUUUUUAGCGGAUAAUCAGAACAGAUAAGAGAGAAUCGAUUCAAUUCAUUAGUCAUAUUCAUAGUGAUCUAGCAAUCUAUCAUCCAUGGCAUUCUUGUUUUUUGUUGAUAUUAAUGAGAAUCGUUAGUUUUUUAUUUGUUGAAUCAUGAAAUCAGAGAACAUAAUCUUGUUUUGAACAGGAGACAAAAUGAAACUCAACAAUUCGUAGGUUGCAUGCAUGUGUAGAUGAGCUUUUUUCUGUUUGUGAUUACAAGAAAAAAUGAUGAUUGUGA